CUACGAAUUGUCAUUAGGGGUCCUCGAACAGGGUGUACUUCAUUUCAAGAUGGCGGCGAGCAAUAGUAGUAGCACGGUAGCUAGUAAAACUAGUAACACCGGUGGUGGGAAGCAAUCUGCCCCUUCUGCGGAGCAGGUAGUGGCCACAUUUCAGCGGAUGCGUCAGGAACAGCGUAGCAUGGCUUCCAAAGCAGCAGAGCUGGAAAUGGAGAUCAAUGAGCACAGCCUUGUUAUUGACACUUUAAAGGAAGUAGAUCCUUCUCGGAAGUGCUUUCGUCUGGUUGGAGGUGUCUUGGUGGAAAGGACUGUGAAAGAGGUCCUACCGGCAUUGGAGAACAAUAAAGAACAGAUCUCAAGGCUAGUGGAAUCACUCAACUCACAGAUGCAGGCCAAAGGGCGGGAACUGACCGAGUACCGAGAAAGAUACAAUAUCCGAUUGGUGGGAGAAGAGGAAGGGCAGGGGAAAGCAGCUGCAGCGUCCAACCAGGAAAAUGGAGGGGGUGGGGCUAAAGGAGGAGCGGGUGUGUUGGUAUCAUAGUGGGAGUGGAUUUAGGAAAUUAUUAGACUGCUACGUUGAAGAUUGACAUGUUUACUGUAUUUGUGUUUAGAGACUUUUUUUUUGGUUAUGAAUAAAAAAAGCAAUUGUAACGUAA